AUGGCGCGCGCAACUACUACACACUCCGGUCUCUCGUGUCCGGUCGCAACUCGCAAGUACCUCGUCCGCGCGGCGUUCCUAUAUGGUGACUACGACGGCCUUGGCAGCCCGCCCGUCUUCGACCUCCACCUCGGCGUCAACUACUGGCACACAGUCAAUGUCUCGACGCCGGGGAUCGAUGUGACGGCGGAGGCCAUCGUGGUCGUUCCAGACAACUUCGUGCAGGUCUGCCUGGUGAACACCGGGGCCGGAACGCCGUUCCUCUCUGCGCUAGAGCUGAGGCCGCUGAAGAUGAAGUUCUACCCGCAGGCGAACCUGACGCAGGGCCUCGUCCUCGACGUCAGGCUCAACGCCGGCCCGACAGGUGCGACCGACAUCGUCAGGUACCCAGAAGAUCCGCAUGAUCGAGUAUGGCUCCCUUGGGUUACCGCGAGAGAGUGGAAAGAAAUAUCGACGACGAAGCAGGUGGACAGCGCCGACGACGAUUACGAGGUGCCAUCGGCAGUAAUGCAGACGGCGUUCAUACCGCUCAACGCCUCCAUGAACCUCGAGUUCACGUGGGACCCCGACCCUCGACCUCAUGAUCCUUCACCGGGAUACUUCAUGAUCAUGCAUUUCUCUGAGCUGCAGCUCCUCCCGAGCAACGCCCUGCGCCAGUUUGACAUCAACAUCAACGGCGUGAGGUUGUCCGAUGACAUUAGGCUAUUCUACCUUGGGGUCGGUGUCAUCUACAAUGAAAAGCCCUACCGGGACGGUAACUACAACAUCUCCAUCAACGCCACCGCCAACUCGACAUUGCCACCGAUCCUAAACGCCCUCGAGUUGUUCUCCAUCAUGUCAAUGACAAACUUUGACACGGACUCCGGGGACGUAUCUGCCAUCACGACGAUCAAGGCGAAGUAUCAUGUGCAGAAAAACUGGAUGGGUGACCCGUGCUCUCCCAAGAUUAUGACCUGGGAAAAGUUGAUGUGCAGCUACGACAUUGGCACCCGUCCAAGGAUCAGAAGCGUUGGUCUGAAUGGUGACAUAUCGUCGUCUUUCGCGAAUCUAAAGGCUCUCCAGUACUUGGAUCUGUCAAACAACAAUUUGACAGGCACAAUUCCAGAUACUCUUUCUCAAUUACCUUUGUUGAAGAUUUUAUAUGGCAACAACUCAAACCUUUGCACCAAUGCCAAUUCAUGUCGACCUGCUAAAAUGAAGUGCAAGCUGCCCAUAUACGUUGGUGCCCCUACAGUUGUCAUCGUGGUGAUAGUUCAGAUUUUAAAUCGGAUUCAUCACAAGAACCUUGUCUCCUUGAUUGGUUUCUGCAAGGAUGGGGAGCACAUGGCACUUGUCUACGAGUUCAUGUCAGAGGGAAGUCUGCAAAAUCACAUUAAUCGUCUAAAUAAUUGA